AUGGCCCAGGAGAACCACCGCCAGCGGACACUGCUGCCCAUCGAACGCACCCUGUCGCCGCUCGACAAACUGGCCAGGACACUUACCACCAAGCAGCACGCUCACCAGCCAGCACGAUACUCGGACAUCGACUCGGCACUCGCCCAGCUCGGAGACUCGCUCAGCAGCCUCGGCCACCACCCAGCCACCAUCCCCCCAGCACCGCUCCGACGCCCAUCAACCGGGAGAGUCAACAGCUCGACGGCCACCACCCAGACUGCCCGCGAACACAUCCCCAGUGUCUAUGGCGACCAGGCACUCAUCCCCCCCUCGCCCCAGCAGCCCAGCAACGACCGCAGCAGCACCCAGGAGGUCCUCGGCAAGGACCGCCAGACCUGGCUCAGCGCACUCUCCGCCGACUCCGAGAGCGAGUAUGACGCCCAGUCUGCACGCUAUCCCAGCGGACACAGCACCAGCAGCGAAGAUCCCUUCCACUACUGGCAAUACGAAGCAUCCCGCCAAUCCAGGGACGUCCUGAGCCAAGCCCAUCCCCACACCCGCAACAACAUCCCAGCCUCAUUGAAGCCGGCUGCUGCCCCACCCCACAGCAGCCCAGCAGAGGAGCUCCACCUGGCCCCGCAGCACAGAGCGGCCAAGAAGCUGUCGACGAACUUCAGCCGGCCCAUAAGACCGCCCUCAGUCACCGCCCCGCCAUCCGAGUCCCUGCCCACGCCCCCCCUCUCGCGAGAAAUGUCGCCCAGAGACCCGCCCUCAGCCGACACCGGAUACUACUCCAACGCGGCCGCACUGGCGGACACCCGAGACAUCCUGAACAAGACCGCAAUGAUCACCUCUGCUGCCCAGUCUGAGGACCACCACUCCUCGAGCACCCCAACAAAGACCGGGAGCAUGCGCAGACUGGGGCAUACCGCCCGGGCCUCCAUCCAGAGCAGGUCGUCCAUCGAUACCAACAGCUCGAGCGGCUCGCGACGGUCGUGGAAGAAGCUCUUCCAGAUCGGCUCCCGCAACAGCAAGGACGACGAGCUCUCUGUUGCUACCGACAGGACCCCCCAGCCCACCGACCACCACAGCCCGCUCCCCUCGCCCUCCUCCGAACACAACCCCAACCUCCCCGCAAUCACUUUCACCCAAUCGCAGUACGACCGCGCACACCACCAGCUCCAUCGACCCGACCACCACCACGACCACCACCACUACGACCACCACCACCAUCAGCAGCAUCCAAAGACAGCAGGCCAACAGUUCGCUUCAUCCGACCGAGCCCAGCAGAUGGAUGUCCAGAUGAUGGGCCAGACGAGCUUCCACCAUCCACAGGAAGCCCUGCGUCCCGCCCAGGGAGGAAGAGACCCGAAGCCCGGGCACCGGCUGUCGAUCUACUCGCUCCCGUCCUGCGACGACCCGACGAUGGAGGACCUGGAGCAGAAGGAACGAUAUGCGUCCCGCUCCCCCUUGCUCUUCGACACCCCCAGCACCUCCCAGCUGCCCUCGCCAGCAACAGAAGACCGUUCCCGGCCAGGCAGCUCAGGCCACUCACGCACGCUCACCUUCGACUCGCCCCAGUCUUCCCAGCCGGUCCGCAGCUCCUCGGGGAUGCCCCUGCACAGCGCGAUUGCCAAAGCCAAGGCGAGUCUCGCCAAGGGAGGAGGCCCGAGCGCGGCGGCCGGCUCCAAAGGCCAGACGGCCCAGGACUAUCUCCAGGCCGGCAUCCUCGCCCACGAGCAGGGCGACCUGGAGCGCUCGGCGGGCCUCUUCGAGCGCGCGGCCCGCGAAGGCGGCGGCUGUGGCGCCGGCAUGCUCAUGUGGGGCCUCUCUCUCAGACACGGCUGGGGAUGUCAGGUGCACGAGGCCCGCGCGUUCAAGUGGCUCCAGAAGGCCGCUGAGUCCGUCAUCGACGACCUCGACUCCUCCGCCCAUAACAUCCCCAAGGCUCCCUCCAGUCUCACCCAGGCAAAGGAGAAGGACGACGUCGCCAAGUCCGAGCUCGUCCUCGCUAUCUACGAGCUCGGUCAGUGCUUCUUGCGCGGCUGGGGCUGCAAGAAGGAUAAACAACUCGCGAUCAAUUACUUCGAGUUAGCGGCCAAGCUAGGCGACCCGGAUGCCCAACAAGAGCUAGGGUUCUGUUAUGCGAAUGGCAAGGGGACCAAGAAAGACCUCAAGCUGGCCGCGAAGUAUUACCGGAUGGCCGCCAAUCAGGGCGUCGAGAUGAUGGGCUCGCAGUGGAUAUGGAAAGACAAAUAUAACUGA